AUGGCAAUGACGGCACUUGGAUUGCAUGCUGCUAAGCGUGCUAUGACCACCACAAUCGCUCCUCAGGCACUCUCAGUAUCGAAGCGUGCUAUGUCGACUGAAGUCACCAGAAAGAUCGACGAUGUGAAGGAGAUCGCACUUAAGCCUAACAACAGUGCAGAAUACGUUCUUUCGACUGUCGAUCGUGUUGUUGCUUGGGCCCGUGAAGGUUCUUUCUGGCCCGUUACUUUUGGUUUGGCUUGCUGCGCUGUGGAAAUGAUGCAUUGUUCUACUCCUCGUUACGAUCAGGAUCGUCUUGGUAUUAUUUUCCGUGCUACUCCUCGUCAAUCUGAUGUCAUGAUCGUUGCUGGUACUCUCACCAACAAGAUGGCUCCUGCUCUUCGAAAGGUUUAUGAUCAGAUGCCCGAACCUCGCUGGGUCAUUUCUAUGGGCAGUUGUGCCAAUGGUGGUGGUUAUUAUCACUACUCAUACUCUGUCGUCCGUGGUUGUGAUCGUAUUGUCCCUGUUGAUGUGUACGUUCCCGGUUGUCCCCCCACUGCUGAGGCAUUGCUCUAUGGUAUCUUCCAACUCCAACGCAAGAUGAGAAGAACCAAGAUCACCCAGCUUUGGUACAGAAAGUAG